AUUUCUUCCUCCAUUGUUACAUUGUAACAAGCGGGGCCGGGUCGAACCGGGGUGGAGGUAAAGCCUCUUCUCGUUAGAAAUUCUCCAACAAUUUGGCACCAAACGAAACAAACUAAUCCGCGGCGUAUUUUUUUUUUUCUCCUAUUUUGUUUUAUUUAAAAGCGAGAAGACGGCGAAGUGAGCCCAGCCGACCGAGCCGGUCCCGGUGAGGAAACAGAAAGGGAAAAAAUGCGUUAAACGAGCACAAAUGUCAGCGGAUUUGUCCAAUAUUACAAUUUCCUGCCUUAUAUUGGGAAGAUAACACACCCGACUGUGUGCGUUGUUCAUCCUCCACCGAGAAAUGUUGGGAAAUAACCCACCGCCAACCCAAUGACGCCCCUCUUUCUUUUUUUCUCUCGGCUGUCCUUUAAACAGAGAGGUAUGACACAUUUAAAUAAAAGCUGUCGCUCCUGUCAGGCAACUGUAAUCUGUCGGUGUGCAGAACAAUGAGCUUGCAACCCAAGUAACCUCAUAUAGCUGGAGAGGGACAGAGAGAAGUGUUGCAAAUUGACAAUCAGCCAGAUCACUUUGUUGCAGGGAUAUCGGUUUUUGCACAUAAAAAGCCUCCCAGAGCGCGUUAAAAGAUUGAUGUGCAGCUCUUAUUGAACAGACGACCUCCGAGGCUGUUGGAUUAAGGGUCCCUCUUUCUGCCCCAGGUAUUCAUACGCUGUGCCUUUUGUUCCGGUCUCGACCUGUGCUGAUCUGUGCCCUCAGAUAGCAGGUUUCCAUGGAGGCAGGUCCGUCCAUAAGCCUCAAAAGAAGAUAUGAAGAGGUGGACAGCGGCUCUCUGUUCUCUACACCUAAGGACUCGGACGAUGACAUCUCCAGCAGUGACAGCGCAGAUAGCUGUGACAGCCUCAACCCACCUUCCAGCACCCCAUUCACUCCCACCUCCAUCCUCAGACAGCACAAGCCGUCACCCGGGGGGAAGCGGGUACGCUUCGAUGUGGUGACGGUGUAUUACUUCCCCCGGCGGCAGGGCUUCACCAGCGUGCCCAGCCAGGGGGGCAGCUCCCUCGGCAUGGCCCGUCACCACUCCUCCAUCAGGCACUACACGCUGGGCGAGUUUGCACGCGAGCAGGAAAGCAGCCACAGACACACUCUGCACCAGCACCUACGUCAGGAGAAGCUUAACGCUCGCAAGAUGAAGCUGACGAGGAAUGGAACGGUGGAGUGCGCUCAGGCAGACCUACUUACUCUGGAGGACGUAUCAGACGAGGACCUCGAUGUGGACGCCGUUGAGGUAGACGACUGUUUCUUCCUUCAGCCUUUGCCUACGAAGCGUCGCCGAGCCCUCCUGCGAGCCUCUGGCAUUAUGCGCAUAGAUGCCCGGGAGAAAGCUGAACUCAGAGCCAUCCGCCUCUCCAGGGAGGAAUGUGGCUGUGAUUGCCGCUUGUUCUGCGACCCUCGCCACUGCGGCUGCAGCCAGGCAGGAAUUAAGUGCCAGGUGGAUCGAAUGUCUUUCCCAUGUGGCUGCUCAAGGGACGGCUGUGGCAACGUUGCGGGCCGCAUCGAGUUCAACCCCCUGCGUGUCCGAACGCACUACCUACAUACCAUAAUGAAGCUGGACUUGGAGAAGAGGAGGCUCCCAAUACAAGGACCUGGGGAGCCAUAUACUGACUCCGACCCGAUGUAUUCACCCUCUUCGACGUGCCCCACAUCCCCAACCUUGUCCUCAGGCAUCGGUCUGGACUCGGAGCUUGAAGAGAGCGAGGUCCAGUCAGUGGAAGAGGUUCAUGAUCUCAUGGUGGAGCAGGAUAUUUUGGAGCGAGAGAAUGAGACAGCUGUGCUGCACCUGCAGAGCGCAGAGGAGCAGGAGAGGAGGGAAAGGGAAGAGGCAGAAGGGGAGGCAGUGCAGCAGGAGCUGAAUUCUGGUGGGGUCUCAGAGCACCCUCUCUGCCUCCUACCUAGGCAAGCAGAAGCUCCAGGUGUGGAUCAGAUCCUCCUGCAGGGACCUUUUCCUACAGGGGCUACGGUCUUUUGCAUCUCUGACACCCAGGAGGAGAGCCCCUCUGACCUCCUCAAAGACUCCUCCUCUCUGCUCUACUAUCAGCUCAGCACCAUAGAGCCCGCAGCCUUUGAGACGCUGCCGGCAACAGAGGAAGAUGAACAGAACGAGCCCUCGCAGAACACGGGUGGAACUGAGCAUGCAGAGAAGAACCGAGAAAUAGUCGAGGCUGUUGAAGGGGAUACACAUGAUGACAUUUCCAGCAAACAGAGUGUGGGCGAGUGCUUGACCAACAUGAAUUUGUGCACAGAUAAGUGUGCAGUUGAGGUAAAGGAGAGGCCCGCAAGUCAUGAUGAAAAUGCCCCUAAAGAGCAGAACCAAGAGGAGUCCUCCUUGGAGAAAGAAGUAAAUCUGCUGCCUCUUGAAGUUUAGCAUUUACGUCUUUGCAGAUAUUUUGCACAAUAGCUUCAUCUAAGAUGAGUAAAAUACAUAUUCCACAUUUAUCACUGCUAUCAACGUCUACAGGUCUCUUAGAGUAACAUUAAGUUAUGUGCAGAAGGUAUUAGAAGGCAGGAGGAGAGCUGCUGGAAGCACAUAAAGAUCACUUCCAAGGUGUAGUGAAAAUGCAGUUACAAACGGCAACAUUGGAGGGAGUUCUGUUGGGGGUGAUAAAUGCAGCCUUAUUUGGAAACCAUUAAAACAGCUACAGAAACAGAGUGUAGAUGCUGAUGUAAGCUUUUUGUUUGCUUGAUGUAUAAAGCUAUCAACGCUGAACAACAAACUGUUAAUUGUGCGCAAGAUGCUGGUGUAACUGCUGGCUCUUUUUCCACUUCUGGCAAACCUUAUGCUGUAGUCAUGCCAAAUGAAGGCCCCUGAUCACACCGAAUGAUCCUGGAAAUACUUGUUUUUGCGUACUGUACAUGCAGAAUUAGCGACAUGCUGGAGAGCUGCUUUUUUUUUUAUCUGUAUGCACAUUGUGAAGUGAAAGCAGCUCUUUUUGGGGCUCCACCGCCCAGAGAUAUGAAGGAAGAACCAAGAGAGCGGCAGAUUAGCACCGGCCCUAGUUGUUACUAUCGCUUACUUUGAACUGCUGGCACAAUUGCAGUCAAACAGACAAAAAGAAAAGGUCACUUACAGCUUGUUUACUGACAUUACUUCUUGAAUUAAUAUGUCUUUUGUGAAUUAGAUGCUGUUGGAUUUAAAGUGCUUGCAGUUUGUUUGCGAAUGAAAGGAAUAGUUAUUUCUUUCACAGUGCUACAUUAUUACAUCAUAUUCAGUCAUAUCAUGUUCUGAAUAUGCCAGAAUAUACAUUUUUAGUCAUUUAAAGGCUUUUUUGUGUAAGGACGUUCUGAUUAGAAACGUUGCCAGUACCUUGCAAAAGUAUUUGUUUCCCUGGAACCUUUUAAAUGUUUUCAAUGUUACAACCACACAUUUCAGUCGUUUUAUAAAGAUUUUAUGGUCAUAGACCAAUCAAAAGUAGUUAAUUGUGAAAUGGAAGAAAAAAAUAUAUGUUUUUUGUCUUUUUUUUUUUUUUUUUUGCUGUUAGAAAUCUGAAAAGUGUGGAGUGCAUUUGUAUUCUUUGACUGGAAGUUUGUCCUUUGCACAGCUCAGAUUGGAUAAGGAACAGCUUUGAAGAGCAAUUUUAAAAUCUUACCACAGAUUCUCAGUUGGAAUAAGGUCUGGACUUUGACUAGGUCAUUCUAACACAUCACUAUCGUUUGAAUUUAACCAUUAUGUGGAAGCACAUAAAUCACAUUAGCUUUCUUUCAACACUGAUCAAUAACCUAACCCUGCUUUAAACCUCUCCACAGUUUUAUACCCGACCUGUCUGUUGUGUUUCUUGGUCUUCAAGAUGAUAUUUGUUUUUUGAUGUUCUCCAACCAACUCUUAAGGCCUUCACAGAACAGCUGGAUUUAUACAGAGAUUGUAUCGCACACAGGUUGAAUAUAAUUAGCGAUUAGCUGACUUCUGAGGGCAGAUGGUUUAUUUAAGGGUAUCCGUGUAAAGGGGAUUUUAUACAAAAUGUAACAUGUGGUUGCAACAUGACAACAUCUGCAAAAGUUCAAGGGGUGUGAAUGCAUUUGCAAGGAACUUUAGAAAUAAAAACAAGCAUUUAAUGAGUCAAGAGUGAACUGCAACAUAUGUAGCUAAAAGUACUUACACCAAUCAAUGUGAUGUUAAUAAUUUAUGGAUCAGAUUUACAGCCUGAUUUUGUGUGUGUGAAAUGUGUAUUCACCUACUUUACUGUUGUACGUCUAUGUCUGAGAGAACGGUGCAUUUAAAUCUGUGUGCAUGCACCUGUGGAUGUUUAUUAGACUGUAUUAGACCUGGAAUUUUAGUAAGAAAGCGUAUUUUAAACCUAAAAGGUGCUGAUGUUAUAGAUUUACACUUUACUGUUGCGAACCGUUAGGAGGAAUGAUUUCAUGGAGAUAUUUCUCGCUGAUUGAUCCUGAACUAAAAGUACCGGAGAGCCUCCUGUAGAAACGCAGUAGCUCCGACACUGCAAAUUCUAAACGUGCUGACGAGAAAAUGAGGCGUUCCUAUGGCCGAGUGUGUAAAUGCAGUCGUGUAACUUUUUCUGGUUUCUUUUCUUUAAGCUCUGUCUGAAGAAUACGGCGCUGCGGAAGUGAGCCGACAACUCUUACACAAAAUCAGUCCUUUGUUUAGUUGCCUGAACAUCCUACAGUUGCUUUGGGCAUCGGUUUGCCUAACACAGGAUGUGCUGCUGUGUAUAAGUUGUCUGAUGUUUUUCUUUAGCCUUUUGUAUUGUCCUAAUAUAAUCCUGUUUAUGAGCUGCAACAAAGCAGUGGUUUCAGACCUAAUUAAACGACGCUGCCAUCCAUCAGGCUUUAACAAAGCAGUAUCCUGUAGUAGUUGUGAGGCUGCAGAUUUUUCGUGGCUCUUCUGUGCUCGUGUGACUUGCCUUGACAUAAUACCAUGUUUGAAGUAACGAUGAUUGCAGGCUGAGUAUCGUUAAGCUUUUGUCCUUGGCUUUCUGCUUAUAGAAUUAGGUUUGGGACCACUGUACCAAAUUAACUCUACUGUCUGUGUUUGUGUGUUUAACCGUGUGAAAGGAGUGUGUGAUUGUUGAGAAGACUGAUGACUUCUGACUUCAUCUAAAAGCUGUGAGAGCGACUCUCAUACUACUUGUUGCCUAAAGUGGAAAAAUAAAGGUUUUUAUACAAAAUAAAAACAAUAAAAUACUUCAUGCAGAAA